AGCUGCAGACAAUGAAAUUCCGUUUACAUGUUUAGUCUGCUAGAUCGAAAUUCCAGAAGACUCAGUUCACAAGUCACAAACCGAAAGGCUUGAUUGGUGUGUGUAGUGAAAUAAAAGAAACGUGCUCUAUGGAGAAUCAUUUACAAUGUCAGGGUUUUCUGAUGCCGCGUUAGAGAAAAAAUUGGCUGAGUUAAAUAACUCUCAACAAAGUAUUCAAACUUUAUCAUUGUGGUUAAUACACCACCGUAAACAUCAUGCCAGUAUCGUCAAAAUUUGGUUGAAAGAAUUUACUAAAGCAAAAGAUAGCAGAAAACUCACAUUUAUCUACCUUGUCAAUGAUGUCAUCCAAAACAGCAGGAAAAAAGGACCAGAAUUUAGGGAUCAGUUUGGUCCAAUUCUUGGUCCAGCCCUAAAAUUGAUGGGUCAGGCAGUGAAUGAUGAAAACACUCAAAAACGCCUUGAGCGUAUUCUUAAUAUUUGGGGAGACAGGAACAUGUUUGACUCCAAGCAAAUAUCUGAAUUCAGAAAGUCAUUAGAAUUAUGUUUCAAACGAAGGUUUGACAAUGGAGAACCUCCUGUUAAAAUGUCAAGAAGAGAUAGGGGUGAGACUCUGGAAAAUGUGAAAGAAAAUAGAGAACAAGAAGAUCCUGAUAAGAAUAAGAAAGAACGGAGAAAAUCAGAAUGUAAUGAAGUGAUACAGUUUGAUAAAGAAGGGAAGAAAGAAGUUCACAUAACUUUGUCUCCAAAACUACCUGCUAAUGAUGCCCCGGAACCUGAAGAACUCAUUAAAGCUCUGCAAACCCUUGAAAAUGCAGCAUCAAGUGAUGGCAUUGUAAGGAAAAAGAUAACCGAAUUGCCCUCUGAAGUAUCGGACGUCAGCUUGUUAUCGAAAAUUUCAGAUCAAACUCAAGCAGAAGCAUUAACUUGUAAAGUGAAUGAAGCAGUCGAGUUACUUAACGACUACAACGGACGAUUGUUAAAAGAGAUGGAGGAUCGAAAAUCGGUAACCAAGAUGCUCCAUGAAUUUACAGCUGCACAAAAAGAACUUUUGAUUCAAGCUGAAGAAAGACUCCAGGAAUACAAAGAAAAGUUAUGCAAGGUGUAUCAAGUUCGCGAAGAAUUACGUUCCCAUGUUUCCAGUUUGCCAGAUCUUUCACAGCUACCCGACGUCUCGGCUGUUCCACUACCGUCAGCGGGUGACCUUUUCAGUUUACGUUGAUUUUGUUGUUUGUUUCUCUCUCCCUCUCCCUCUGUACCCCAUCCCCAACCUUUCCCUUCUUAUUCCCACCCUCCUCCUUUUGGGUAAUAUGCUCGAGUUCAUAUUUAAUGCUAGGUAUCUGGCAAAGACUGUUGUUUCAGCGUUUCACCCGACCGUAGUUACGUGUUGACAUACAAUUGGUUGGCGAAGCAGUUGUCUUUUUGCACGCAAGGAUUGUCAUCCUCAACAUUGAUUUCCGUUCUUUCUCAGCCAUGAUUGCUGCCCGCUAUUAUAUGUUUGGAGAUUCCUCAAUUUUUUACAUGAUUUCCUUUUGAGAUAAAUUACUUUGCCAGCGCAUAGUUCACUCGGCUAAAGGAUGUGUUGUAUGUUGUACAACAUCAGGCAUGAAUAAAAACCAAAUUAGCGUCA